GUGGUAAUGGUGCUGAAAAACCAACUGAGGUCGGAGGUUAGAAAAUUAUUCCACUGUCUGCUUGCUUUGCACAACUAAAUGCUUUGCAGUAAUUGUAGGGAUUACACUUCAUAGAAAUCUCUUUGCAGUGUUUGAUCUGAAAUUAGUAACAAAUAAAAAUAAAAAAUAUGAGUAGACUGCUGAGCUCUCUAACGCAGGACAAAACUUUUUGGCAUGUGACUGCUGCUUUUACACUGUGUCUUAUCUUUGUCAGUACAGGCGUACUUGACACUGUGACCACAGAGCUUGGGUUUGGACACUAUGCAGAGAAACCUAUUUCAUGGCUUCCACUGUUUCUGGCAAUGCCUUUUAAUUCUCUUGUUAAUCUCGGCUACAUUGUGUUGGGAAUAUACUGGCUUGGUCGAAAAAAUGCAUCAGUCGGAAUCAAGGAUCCAAUUGGACUGUACCUGAAUAACAUCUUCUCUUGGAUGGCAAUUCUGUAUGGCCCUGUCCAGUGGGUCAGGUUAUGGACCCAGGCACAUUGGGCCGCCGUUCUGGAUCAGUGGUUUACAUUGCCUAUUUUUGCAUGGGCAUACAUCUGGUGCAAUUCGAUCAUGAAAAACUGGACCACUCAAUAUUUCCUUAUUUUGGAAGUCAUCUCGAUAAGUAGUUACUUUCUGUGCCUACUACAUCCACAAGGAUUCGAAGUGGCUCUCUUAAUUCAUAUUGUAUGCACGGUUGUGGCUGGAGUGAAGUUACAGAACACAUAUGGAGAUGCUUCCUCAAGGACCUACUUGUUUCUUGCCCUAACAUCUUGCUUGGGAUUCGUAUGCUUGAAGCUGCUCGAUCAUUGGUUGGCCCAGAGUUUCAUGUUUCAGACACUUACUGGACACUUUUGGUCGAAAGUGUGUGACAUCUUACAAUUUCAUUAUGCUUUCUGUUUCCUUACUCACCUUGACCACUACAGACGUUUUAGGUUGAAAAAAUGAAUAAGAGGCAACUUGUAAUUAAUCCUCUUUGUUCUUUACCCAGCCACCAACAAGACUAAUUAAACGUGGUGUUUUGGUCUGUAUUGUAAACCUUCAAAAUAGCCAUUCCUAUGUAAUGCGGUAUGGUUGGCGCCAUCACCGACAUUUCUUCUCAAUAAAUGUGCUCAAAUUAACCAGUACUGAUCGCUCACCCUGUUUAGAGUGAUAAGCUAACAAUUUCUCAUAAGAAAAUACAGAAUAAAG